AUGACGGGGGCUUCAAGGCAUGCUGGUUACAACCGAACCCCCGAGUAUUGUGCCAAGAACCUCGAGUAUUGUGCCAAGAACCUCGAGUAUUGUGCCAAGAACCCCGAGUAUUGUGCCAAGAACCCCGAGUAUUGUGCCAAGAACCCCGAGUAUUGUGCCAAGAACCCCGAGUAUUGUGCCAAGAACCUCGAGUAUUGUGCCAAGAACCCCGAGUAUUGUGCCAAGAACCCCGAGUAUUGUGCCAAGAACCCCGAGUAUUGUGCCAAGAACCCCGAGUAUUGUGCCAAGAACCCCGAGUAUUGUGCCAAGAACCCCGAGUAUUGUGCCAAGAACCCCGAGUAUUGUGCCAAGAACCCCGAGUAUUGUGCCAAGAACCCCGAGUAUUGUGCCAAGAACCCCGAGUAUGGGAGGCCUCGCCCAGUACACCAUAUGGCUGAUUAUUCACAGUAUCCUCAGUGA